CCGCGCUGCUCGAGCUGUCUGAAGCUCUCCUGAAUGUCCGUGGCAGCUUGAUCGGGCCCCCAGCAUCCCCUCACGUUCCCCCAGCGCAGCCGGUCUAUGUCUCUCCCGAACGCUCCUCCGCAACCCGAUGCAGUCCAAGCCACAGCCAGCGACGAGAAGCUAGACAAGGGCGACGAGCCGCACCAUGUCGCCGCCCCAGCACACGACCAAGAGCCCCAGAGCGCGCAGUCUUGUGCACGCCACCAAGAAGCACCGGCCCAGGCGGCCACGGCGGGCGGGGCGGGGCAGCAUGUCGAGCCCAAGGGGGACGCGAUAGAGGGCCAUGAUGCAUCCUCCAAAGAGCCAGCGACGACCACACACGACGCGCCCUCGGAAGCCACGCAGCUGUCCUCUGCCGAGCUGGUCGAACAGCUGGUGGCCAAGACGGAGCAGCUGGCAACAGACCGCCCGGCAACGACACCACCACCCCACGAGCCCAGCGAGAAAGCUGCAGGCAAGGCGGCCCUACGAUCACCGUCGCCCCCGCCCCCGCCCCCAAAAGACGACAAGUAUCUUUCAACAAGCAACGUGCCCAGCCGCGCCACGUCGCCCAUGUCCCAGGCACGUUCAAGUGGGGGCAACUCCGAGGACGCGGCGGCUGACGAGUAUGGCACAAGCAACGACGGCACGGGCGAUGCCGCAGACAACUCCCAGCCCGAGAUCCAGAGCAUCAUGGACCAGUUCCAGGGCAAUGCCGCGCCGGGGGAAGACGAGAUCAUGUCGCCGCGCCUAGAGAUUGCCAAUCCUCUCCUCGACUCCCCCGCGAUCCCGUUCCCUCCACGCCGCUCAAGCCUCGCUCCUCCCGACAAACCCCUUCCUAUACCGACCGACGAUGCAGCCUCGCCAGAGUCUGUCCAGUCGCCGCCGCCCCGAACCUCAUCAUUGUACCGCGUUGGUACCGGCACAUCUUUUCAAGAACCAUCAUCCUCUAGUGCACAUGCUUCCCAAUACAAGCCAGCCCGGCCGGCGCCAGAACCAGAACCAGACCUACCGUUUGACUUUCACAGAUUCCUUGAGCAACUGCGCCACCGGACAGCGGACCCAGUCGCCAAGUUCCUGCGCUCGUUCCUUCUCGAAUUUGGGAAGAAGCAGUGGAUGGUGCAUGAGCAGGUCAAGAUCAUCGGCGACUUUUUGGAAUUUAUAGCCAAGAAGAUGGCUCAGUGCGAGGUAUGGCGGACUGUAUCAGACGCCGAGUUUGACAACGCUAGAGAAGGCAUGGAGAAACUGGUCAUGAACCGGCUUUACAACCAGACUUUCUCGCCAGCGAUUCCACCGCCAGAGCCAUCCUCGCCACGCAAAGGCCGCAGAAGACCCGAGCAUAUAGGGCCAGGACGGAGAGGCCAGCAUCAGGAGGACGUAGAGCGCGACGAGGUCCUCGCGCAGAAAGUUCGUAUCUACAAGUGGGUCAGGGAAGAGCAUUUGGACAUCAAACCUGUAGGCGAAAAGGGGAAGAAGUUUCUGAACCUCGCCCAACAAGAGCUACUGAAGAUCAAAAGCUACCGGGCGCCCAGAGACAAGAUCAUCUGCAUUCUGAACUGCUGCAAAGUUAUUUUUGGCUAUCUACGGACAUCGAAUUCAGACCAGUCGGCCGAUGCCUUUGUACCGCUCCUCAUCUACACCGUACUACAAGCGAACCCAGAACAUCUCGUUUCCAAUGUACAGUAUAUUCUCCGGUUCCGCAACCAGGAGAAGCUUGGUGGUGAGGCAGGCUACUACAUCUCGUCGCUUAUGGGUGCUGUACAGUUUAUUGAAGGCUUGGACAAGACUUCACUAACGAUAAGCGACGAAGAGUUUGAAAAGAAUGUCGAAGCAGCCGUAUCGGCCAUUGCAGAGCGCCAUGCAGCUCAGGAGGUCGACCCGUCCUCUUCUCAGCUACGCCCUAACACCUCCAGUCACAAGCGUGUGCCCUCACCACACUACCACCACAUACCCGAGAAGACGACACCGCUACGGCCAGAGCUCACCCAGAGGAAUUCAAUGGAGGCCGAAACCGCCGGUCCACAUCGCUCCACAAGCGUCAAGAACAAUCCAGAAGCAGAACAACCUGAAGAAGAGAAUGCAGCCGUCGCAGGCUUGCUCCGCACUAUACAACGGCCCCUGAGCACCAUCGGUCGCAUCUUCUCCGACACAGACACCAACCAGUCAUCUGGCCAAGCGUCUCCAGCAAAACCGCAAACACCUACCCGUGCAAAGACCGAGCAAUCAGAGUCCCAGCAGGAGUACCACGAGGAUCGGCAGCGCCAGAAGUUGGCGGCCGAAGAUGCAGCCGUGCGACAGGCCUCUGCCGAGGCGGAGGAAAUACGAAAGAUCCAGCGCCAGGAACACAAGGUUGUUGUCGAGACACUGACGGGCAUGUUUCCGCAGCUGGACAAGGAUGUCAUUGAUGAUGUGGUGCGGCAGAAGGAAGGACGAGUCGGUCUCGCGGUUGAUGCAUGUUUAGCGCUAGCGAAUCCUUGAUACAAGCCCGGAAUUAUAAAUU